UCGAAAUACAGAACACCACCACUCACAGAAAACUCUUCACGAAACAAAGAUGACUUGUAGAGUUCUCAGCACAGCCACUCCUCUCUAUUAUUGGGAUUCCAUUUCAGACUCUAAGCAAUCUCGCAAGCUUCAUCAUACUCAUUCAUCAUGUUCUCCAAUGCUUCCAAUUCGAUGCUCAUCUUCAAGCCCACACCUCUCUUUAUCUGAAGAGAAACUAGAAAAUGAAACCUCAAUGACUGGUGGGGCAUAUGAUUUUGAAAAAGCAACAACUUCACUUACCAAGAAGUUGAUUCCUUCACCAAAGAAGGUAACUCUUGUGCGGCAUGGCCUUAGCUCUUGGAACAAAGAAAGUAGAAUUCAGGGAAGCUCAAAUCUGUCCAUCUUGACAGACAUUGGAGUGCGGCAAGCAGAAAGGUGCAGAGAUGCCUUAGCAGAUAUAAACUUUGAUCAAUGUUUCUCGAGUCCAAUAUCUCGUGCCAAGUCCACCGCUGAAGUUAUGUGGCAAGGCAGGGAAACACCUAUUGUAUUUCUUGAUUCACUGAAGGAGGCCAAUCUGCUUUUUCUUCAAGGCAUGAAAAAUGUGGAUGCUAGGCAGAGAUAUCCGAAAGAGUACAAAAUGUGGAGAGAAGAUCCAUCAAAUUUUAGUGUGAAUGGUGUUUACCCCGUUCGAGAACUAUGGAAAGCGGCAAGUGAGGCUUGGAAGGAAAUUUUGUUUACACCUGGAGAGAAUUUUUUGGUUGUGACUCACAAGUCUAUGUUGAGGGCACUGAUCUGCACGGCUCUUGGAUUAGGCCCAGAGAGGUUCCGCGCAAUUGAUGUGAACAAUGGUGGAAUAUCUGUGUUUAACUUCAACGAGAGAGGAGAAGCAAUGCUCCAAUCCUUGAACAUGACAGCUCACAUGUACGCUGAUCAUAUUUAUCUUUAUUGAAAGUUAUCGACACAGUGCACUGGAUGGUGAGAAAGAAUCUUAUCUUGUUUCCCAAUACACAAUGUAAACCUUAUAUAGAGACAACAUUACACAGAAAAAAUAGGUGCAAAUUGGAAAAUUAAUCAUGUUAGUUGAACAUUUCUAUCAAAACAUGAUUUGCCAUUUUUGAUGCUUAUUGUUGUGCUUAAAUUAUUUUAGACAGUUUAUACGUCAUUAACUGCGUUCUUCUCUA